AUGGUUGAAGAUGGUGACAGAGUUUGUUGGAAGAAGAAAUCAAUAUUCUUUGAUCUCGAGUAUUGGAAAUACCUUCCUGUGAGGCAUGUCCUAGAUGUUAUGCACAUUGAGAAGAAUGUUUGCGAUAGUAUCAUUGGUACAUUGCUGGAGAUCCCUGGAAAAAAUAAAGAUGGGAUUGCUGCUCGAUUAGAUUUAUUGAACAUGGGGGUCAAAACUGAUUUGCAACCCGAGUAUGGAGAAAGACGUACUCGUUUGCCUCCCGGGCCUUGGAAUUUGUCAAGAGCAGAGAAGAGAGAGAUUCAAGACUUCUUGGCCUUAAAUCACAUGAUUGUCUACCUUAAUGCAACAAUUGCUCCCUGUGGCAAUUCGUUCUGUUUUGGAGAAGCCUGCAAGACUGUUGAUGUUUCCAAGCUAGAUAAGUUGGAAGAAGAUGUAGUAGUUACUUUGUGUUUGCUUGAGAAGUACUUUCCCCCUUCAUUCUUUGAUAUCAUGGUUCAUCUAGUAGUACAUCUUGUCAGAGAAGUUCGUCUGUGUGGGCCAGUAUAUUUUAGAUGGAUGUAUCCGUUUGAAAGAUAUAUGAAAGUGCUAAAGGGGUAUGUUCAGAAUCGUACUCGUCCCGAAGGUUGCAUUGCUGAGCGGUAUAUAGCUGAAGAAGCUGUAGAGUUUUGUACCGAGCAUUUAUCUGAUGUUAGUACAGUUGGAGUGCCUUCAAGCCAAAAGAUGGGAGUUUCAAAGCCAUUAUCAGGUUGCACAGUGAGCGUAGUUGAUCGGGACCUGUUGAACCAAGCACAUCUAUAUGUCUUGGAGAAUACGGAGGAAGUCCUACCUUAUAUCGAGCAACAUAUGAUCCACAUCCAGACCGCUUAUCCAAAAUUUAGAAAGAAAACAAAGUGGCUGCAGGAUAAGCACAAUAGCACUUUCAUUCAAUGGCUACGCUUGAAGGUUCAAAGUGAACUUAAUGAGGACAAUCAUGGCGUAUCAGAAAAAAAUUCUUGUUAA